GCAAAAAAACAAUUUGGUCAUAUGUUAUGCAAUAAUUUGGUUAAGGUUUAUUUUGUAGAUAUACAAUUUCCUUAGUGAAAUGUGUAAAUAAGGAGGUCAAUAGGUAACGUCAGUGCUAUGCGUCAAAUCAAAUGUCAAUCGGAGGUAACUAACUGCAAUCACAAAUAUUUUUAACCUUAUCAGAAACUAAAACAACUCAUUAUGCAAUCUUCAAAUUGUACCCAUAUACGUAUAAGAGAUCACAAUGACUAUAACUUGAACGUGCAGCGAUUUUUAGAAAACUUGGAAAAAGAAUUCAAGAUAGAUUUUACAACAUUUCCUAGAUGGGAGGAAAUAGUACAACGAUUACACGUUGCUUCUACGGAUUGCAGACGAAAAAUACAAGAUUCAAAGUUGCGAAAGGCUAUGAUAAUAGAUAAGUUAUUAAUGCAAUCAACCAGGCCAUCACCAUUUGAACUAUCUGCAGGAUUAUGUAGGACACGAAAUAAAUGGCAACAAAUAGAAGCCCAUUUAAAGAAACGCAAGGUUUCUUUAGAUUCCGCCAUAAUUGUAACAUCUUUGUCUCAACCUGAAGAAGAAGAAGAAGAAUUUGGAGAAGAAGAAGAAGAAAAAAGCGAACAUUCAGCACCGCCAAAUCUCCAUCCAAAUACAGAAAACUUGUCGAAUAGGUCUCCUGAACUCAGUUAUGAACCUGUACCCUCAGUUAUGCGAACUAAAAACAGUGCUGAGGUACAAGUAGACACACAGACGGAAUCUCAUUUGCCUGCUGUCAUAUAUACAAACGCUCAUAAGUUACUUUCGCCUCUUGAAUCAAACUUCAGCGGUCUAAGCUAUAAAUCCCCUCUUAAUGAUACUAUUGAAAUUGAUGAAAACGAAGAAAAAGAACAGGAAGAUAUGUAUCAUUUGAAGAUAACCAAAUCAGUCGUUUCGACUCCUAGUACAAUAGUCAUUGCCAAAGAUUCUCUAAAACAACAAAUAAUAAAAUUCACAGUGACAAAUUGCUCAGCGGAUUAUAUGCAUAUACGAUUCAUACGUGUUACAGAUACUACUCGUUUCAAAAGAACAAAACUUCUACCAGUUAUUCCAAAGCGACUUUUUCCUGGAAUACCCGUCACAUAUAAAUUCGUAUUCAAUAUUAACACCCAGAAAAACUUCCAAUCGAGCUUAUAUUUCAAAGUUGGUCGCAUUGUUUAUAAUAAUGAACCUGCGGAAAGUUUUUACAUUCCGAUAAUUACUGCUUUUACAAUUAAAAGAUCAGUGUCCGUUACUGAUACUGUAGAAAUACCACCGGUCUACGCAUGGCAUAUGAAACGAGACGACAAUUAUUCAUCGGGCAUCAUAAGAAUAGUCGUCGACGAUCCCUUCUAUUACCACCUACACAUAAGGAAAAGAGUAGUUGACUUAGCAGCUGAACCUGAUAGUGGAAUGUCGUUAGAAGCAUCUGGGCCAAAGACGGAGAGUAUAGCAGCAAGAACAGUGGACCGGCAAAUAGGUGCCAAAACAAUAGUAUCUUCCGCUAACACCGAAGUAACGCAAUCUGAGUUUGAAUCAAUGAGUUAUGUGGAUGACAUUGCCAUAAUCGCCAGUGACAUAAUACAGCUUGCUUUAGACACAUACAUGUUAGACUCGACGUAUUUAUACUUAGAGCCAUAUUCAAAAGUGAAAAUUCCUGUAUAUUUCUGUAAAAUAGAACGUAUCGGCUGUCAUCAGUAUUACUAUGAUUUCCAAUUUAUUGAUCCGGAAACAGAAAAAGUUAUUUUUACAGAAACUUGUAAAAUUUUCGCCGAAAUUUUGACCCAUCCGAUACAAAUACGUCCUGUUAUUCUGGACAUGUCUACAUCGCCAGUAUCACACGGUUACUGCGAAGAUCAUUUUGUUGUUUACAAUAACCACAAACUGUACCCAUGCUAUGCUAAAAUUAAACUGACGACGAAGAUGAAAAAAAUGUUCUAUGUGGAGCCAAUGGAAACCUUAGUACCUACACUAGGAAGUGUUCAAUUCUCGGUGAAAUUUUGUUCAAGAGAUUUUUUAUCAGUAAAACCAUCUGAAGAUCUUGUCCAUUUUACUUUUAAAAUAGUUGUCAAUGGUUAUAAGGCUGUUUACGAACAUAUACCACGUAUCUUUUACGAAAUCAUAGCGCCGUGUGCAGUCGAAUUUAAAAAGGUUUACAAUGAGAAAUACUUUAAAGACGAAGAAUAGAUAACGGUAAAUAUACUUUACAUUAAAUUAAUGUAAUCGAAAUAUGUUUUUGAUUAUAUCCAAGUAUAUUUUUUUCAAAUGUCUGUUAGAAACAUUUCAAUUUCAUUCAAUCUAAAUAUUCUCACCUAACUUCUUUUGAAACUAGCUUCAGAAACAAGUAAGAAUCCCGGGGAAUACUUAGUAAUGUUU